GUUAAUGCGUAUUUCGUUAAAUUUUUUGAUAGCAGAGUGGAUUUGGUUUGAUUUGAGUAUUUUCGUGUGCGCAUUUGUGACUGGAAAAGCAAUUGAGUGAAGCAGUUGGUGGUCAACACGCGGUAGUGGAACCAAAAGAUUUUGAUGGAACCACACAUCGGGUUUCGGGUGAAUUGUAAAACGUAAAAACGUGAGGCGACGAAACGAAUCUUGGAGGUCCGUCGUCGUCAGAAGGCAGCGGGCAGUCCACUGCAUGCGUGCGUGUGUGAGUGUACCAUUAUAUGUGUUCGCGUGUGUGUUUGCGUGUUUGGGCGAGCGAGAGUGCAAAAAGUGUUUGGUUAUGUGCAGCAUAGUCGCUGAGAAAAACGGAUUCUGCCGUUGAAACUGCAAUCGGAGACGUAAUCGCCCUCGUCACGGGGAUGUCCCGUGCCUAGACCAAGGCCUCCCCAGCACAGUCCGACAGCCCCCUGCACACCACCACACCCCCACACCACACCACACAACAACAGCACCACAGCAGCUCUCGACACCACGCCACACCACACACAGUGUGUGUGAUUCGGAUCGGAUCUUGUGUGCGUGUGAAUUCGAAAUUGAAGCAUGCUCGAGUCGCGUUACAGCGCCAUGCCCAGUGCAGCCUCCAACGCAGAUGCCGUCGCCACCGCCGUGGGCGUCGAUGAAAGCAGCAACAACAGCGGCGGUGGCGGCAGCGGCAGCGGCAGCGGCAGCGGUGAACCGCUGCUGUACGCCAAUAACCGCACGAACAGCAACAAUAGCAACAAUAGCAACACCAGCAACAACAGCAGCAGCAAUGGAAGCGCUGUCGACAUUGGCAGCCUAAUGAUUGGCCAGGAUGGCCCGUCCAAUCCCAGUCACAAGACAAUCACCUCGGCCUCGAACAGGCCGCCGAAUGAGCGCGAAUGGGAACGGGAGUGGGAGCGGGAAUGGGAACGCGAAUGGGAACGGGAUCGUGGCGAUCGCGAGGGCGACCGCAGCCAGUACGCCGGUGGCCCGUCGCUGCUCGUCCAGCUCUUUCACUUUGAUGUGGUGCCCAGCAGCUUCCAUUUCGGGCAUAGCGAGCACGACGACUCGGGCAUCUCGUUCUCGUUCUCCGCCAAGCGGCAUCUGGAGCUUAUCGAGGGACUGAAGUACGAGCGUCAGGCAUGGCGCAUCCGGGAGCGCAUGAAGACGGCCAGCGUGGCGCUGGUGCUCUGCCUGAACAUUGGUGUGGAUCCGCCGGAUGUGGUGAAGAUACAACCCUGCUCCCGCCUCGAAUGCUGGAUUGAUCCCAGCUCUGUGUCGCCGCCGAAGGCCAUGGAGCUGAUCGGUAGCAAUCUACAGAUGCAGUACGAACGGUGGCAGCCCCGUGCCCGCUACAAGAAGUGCCACGAUCCCACCGUCGAUGAUGUGAAGAAGCUCUGCACCUCGCUGCGUCGCAACGCCAAGGGGGAGCGCAUCCUCUUCCACUACAAUGGGCAUGGGGUGCCCAAGCCGACGGCCAAUGGAGAGAUUUGGGUGUUCAACAAGACCUUCACGCAGUACAUACCCCUGAGCAUCUUUGAGCUGAUCACAUGGAUGUCGGCGCCGUCGAUCUAUGUGUACGAUUGCUCCAAUGCGGGGAUCAUCAUCAACUCCUUCCAGCCGUAUGCUGAGCAGCAUGAGCACGAGCUGGAGAAGGCCCUGGCCAUUGCCCAGCAGCGGGGCCUGGCCCAUCUGCAGCCCGGCUCUAUACCGGGCUCUGGAUCCGGCGGCUCCUCUGUACAGCUGCCGACGCAGCUGGUCAGCUACAAGAACUGCAUACAUUUGGCCGCGUGUGCGGCCAACGAGAUACUGCCGAUGAAUGCCCAGCUGCCGGCAGAUCUCUUCACCAGUUGCCUGACCACGCCCAUUAACAUUGCCCUCAAGUGGUAUGCGAUGCAGGAGAAGCUGGGGAUGGUGCCGCACAUCCAAAGCGAAUUGAUUGACAAGAUACCAGGCAAAGUCAACGACAGACGGACCAUGAUGGGAGAACUCAACUGGAUUUUUACGGCCAUCACGGAUACGAUAGCCUGGAAUACGCUCCCACGGGAGCUGUUCCAGCGUCUGUUCCGCCAGGAUCUGCUGGUGGCCAGCCUCUUUCGGAAUUUUCUGCUUGCUGAGCGCAUCCUAAGGAGCCACGAUUGCACGCCCGUAUCGCUGCCGGCACUGCCGCCCUGCUACCGCCAUCCGAUGUGGAAGGCCUGGGAUCUGGUGGUGGACCUGGCACUGCAGCAGCUCCCAGAGAUACUGGACCAUAGCGCCCCGUACCGGCAGCUGCCGUUCUUCGAGCAUCAAUUGACGGCCUUUCAGGUGUGGCUGGACAGCGAAUCGGAGUCGCGCACACCGCCCGAACAGCUGCCGAUUGUGCUGCAGGUGCUGCUGUCGCAGGUGCAUCGCUUGCGGGCGUUGGAGCUGCUGGCCCGCUUCCUGGACCUCGGGCCCUGGGCCGUCAAUCUGGCCCUGGGCGUGGGCAUCUUUCCGUAUGUCCUCAAGCUGCUGCAGAGCUCAACGCGCGAGCUGCGGCCAGUGCUGGUGUUUAUUUGGGCCAAGAUAUUGGCCGUGGAUCCCAGCUGCCAGGUGGAUCUGGUCAAGGAGUACAAGUACUUUCUGUCCGUGCUGCAGGACAGCACCGUCUCCAAGGAGCACCGCAGCCUCUCCGCCUUCGUGCUGGCCUCCAUCGUGCACAACUUCCUGCUCGGACAGACGAGCGCCCUGCAGGGACCCCUGCUCUCCAUAUGCCUGGAGCAGCUUAACGAUCACAGCUGGCUCCUGCGCCAGUGGCUGGCCAUCUGCUUGGGCAUGCUAUGGCAGAACUUUGAGAAGGCCCGCUGGUCGGGGGCCCGUGAUCUGGCCCACGAGAAGCUCUAUGUGCUGCUCCGCGACUCGAUCCCCGAAGUGCGUGCGGCCGCCGUCUUCGCCUUGGGCACCUUCAUCAGCUCCGUGACGGACCGCAGCGAGCAGCAGGCGAACAACAUUGACCGCAUCAUAGCCAUCACUCUGCUGGAGACUGUCGGGGAGGAUAUGUCGCCGCUGGUGCGCCUGGAACUGGCCGCCGCCCUCCAGUGGAUGGUGCUGCUCUUCGAGUCGCAGUUUGUGGCCGUAUAUCUGGCGGAGAAUAUGCGCAGCAGCCAUGCCGCCUCCACCCUCGUGAUGCUCCAUGGCGGCAGUGCCCUGCCGACGGGUGCCCACGCGCUCGCCUCGUCCACCCACAGCCUGGAGCGGCAUAUGACGAUGCGUCGUGGCGUUAGCUCCAGUUCCAUAUCCAAUAUGGGCACGGGCUCUGGCUGCGGUUCGGCCAGUCUAGGUCUCACAGCUGCAGGAGCAGCGGCAGGAGGAGGAGGGCCCAGUCGAGCCGGCAAAAGCAGCGGCGAACGCUCGGGCUCCGUGGGAGGAGUGGCAGCGGGCGCAGGCGUGGCCGGAGGCACCAACAGCAUACCGUUCCAAUCGAUCUUCACCAAACUGUGGCUGGGCAUCUGCCAACUUGCCCAGGAUCCGUUCCCCCAGGUGGCUGCCACCGCCCUAAAGAUUGUCCAUCACGUGCGCGAAACCGCCCGCUUUCCGAUCAUGGCCGCCAAGGAGGCCACGAUGGCCACGGCCUCCGAGAAGUGCAACAGCUUGAGCGUCAGUCUGCCUCCCAGCCCCAACACGCGAGUCACCUAUCUCGGGGGCGCCGUGGGGAGCGGCCAAUCGCCGCCCGUGGGCUGCACCACCGGCGUGAAUGCGGGCGCCAGUGGCGGCGCCACCACAGUGGGUGCCAGCCAUUGGGCCCAGAAGCUGCGGCUGUCAGGGAGUGCCACAGGAGGCGGAGCCGCCGGUGCAGCGGGGGAUCCACAAAUGAUAUUGCAGCGCAAGCUGCGGACGAGCUCGAUCAACGAUGAGACUGACAGCGGACCAGCCUAUGUCCGCGGCGGCGCCGGAGGAGUAGCGGCCGGCGGCCUGGGACCCGCACUUGGAGGAGAGGCGGCUGGCGGUGGCAGCCACUCGGCUCGCAGCAGCGGCAGCGAGAGCAAUCACUACCACGAGCCGGGCAAGGGCCACGGCAGCCAUGGACAGGCGCUGCAGCCCAUAGUCAAGACAGAGUUCAUACCGUGGGCCAUUUCCUACUUUACGCGGCCGGGCAAGCAUCGCUACAGCUCGGCGGAGGGUAAAGCGGAGGGAGAGCAGCGCUACCCCGUGGAUCGCAAUUCGCAGGAGCUGCGCACUCGACGGUAUCGCUACCAGCGCAACGAACUGAUCCGCCGACAGGCGCGACGCCCACAGAGCCACCAAAGCGAACCAAGGGGCCAAGGGCAGGCACGACGGACGCAGCAGAGCCAGAUCACCGAUCAAUUUGGCUACGAUGUGUGCAGCUGGAGCCGGAAAACCCAAUUCACGCCAUCGAUUGUGAAGCUGCUGCCGUACGAAUCCCAGAUAGCCGUGGCCUAUCGCGAGAAGGUCUUGGUCUACGACUUUGUGUGGAAUUCGGUGCGCACCUACGCCGCCGAGGCGUUGGCAGCACACGGCACCAAGGGCACGGGCACCGGAACGGGGGCCAGUGCGGGCGGCAGUGGCUCUGGCUCCACCUCUGGCUCGUCCUCUUCCCUGAACGGCAGCACGCCCCGCAAGCACUCGUCGGGUCUGUCCGGACUGAUGGCCGUGCCCACGUUCGCGCGGGUCAGCAGCAUCGAGUUCCUGAAUGCCCAGGAUCAGGCCCUAACACUGGUGGCCCACGAUGAUGGCAUCGUAAGGGUGUGGCAGCCACCGUCACAGGGCGAGGAUGCCGCUGGAUCGAUGCAGCAGCAGGCCAGGUCUAGUCUGAUCACCGCCUGGACAGCCCUUGCGCCGGUGAACAGCGCCAGCCAGCAGUUGGGCACAGCAACAGGAACCAGCACGGGCACAGGAACUGGCUCACGACAGCGCACCAGCAUCGCGGGAAGCGGAGGAACCAUCAAGAGCAGCGCGGAUCAGGCAGGCGGCGGCGGAUUGCCCAGCAGCUCGGGCAGCUCGAGCAUCAUCACGGCCUGGCAGCAGUACAGCCAACGGCUGGUGGUGGGCGGCGGCGGUUGCCGAUUCCUGCGCAUCUGGGACGUGGAGCGGGAGCUCCGACUGAGCGACAUUCAGCUGCGACGCAACGAGACGACCGUCCGCGUGCUCAGCCCCUAUUUGCCCAACCAGAGCUGUGAAUUGAUACUCGCGGGCUGCGAGGACGGCAGUGUGCAACUGAUCGACAUGCGCUGUGCCACACGCUAUGCCCCCGUCUGUGUAUACAAGCCACGCCGCCACGAUGCACCCAUACUGCACGCGUACAUGCGACCAAACGAGCCGCUCCUAGUGGCAGGCUGUGAGAACGGAACGGUCAGUGUGGUGGAUGUGCGGAAUGGCGGGGCGCGGUUCCCCAUCGGCACUGGGGACCGGGUGCUGUACCAGUGGGAUGCUGGAGCGGAUAUCACAGCCAUUUCCAGCCACCAGAUCGAGGGCACUGUGGCAUGCGGCAAUGCCACCAAGAUCUGCAUCUACUCACUGAAGGGGGAUCUGCAAAAGGUGCUGCGGACCAACGAGGGAUUCAUUGGGCCCAAGACUGGGCACCCCACCUGUCUAUCCUUCCACUCGUACAAGGCGCAGCUGGCAGUGGGAUUUGUGGACAACAUGGUCGCGAUCUACAGUCCCAUGCCAGUUCUAUAAACUCUGCGACAGAUGGAGAACUGACGUCGAUAAGAAUCCCGAAACUUUUAUUAAUGCACG